AUGGACGUGGACGUGGACGUGGACAUGGACGUGGACGUGGACAUGGACGUGGACAUGGACGUGGACGUGGACGUGGACAUGGACGUGGACGUGGACGUGGACGUGGACGUUGACGUGGACGUGGACGUGGACGUGGACAUGGACGUGGACGUGGACGUGGACGUGGACAUGGACGUGGACGUGGACGUGGACGUGGACAUGGACGUGGACGUGGACGUGGACGUGGACGUGGACGUGGACGUGGACAUGGACGUGGACGUGGACGUGGACAUGGACGUGGACGUGGACGUGGACGUGGACGUGGACGUGGACAUGGACGUGGACGUGGACGUGACAUGGACGUGGACGUGGACGUGGACAUGGACGUGGACGUGGACGUGGACGUGGACAUGGACGUGGACGUGGACGUGGACGUGGACGUGGACGUGGACGUGGACAUGGACGUGGACGUGGACGUGGACGUGGACGUGGACGUGGACGUGGACGUGGACGUGGACGUGGACGUGGACGUGGACAUGGACGUGGACGUGGACGUGGACGUGGACGUGGACGUGGACGUGGACGUGGACGUGGACGUGGACGUGGACGUGGACGUGGACGUGGACAUGGACGUGGACGUGGACGUGGACGUGGACGUGGACGUGGACGUGGACAUGGACGUGGACGUGGACUGGACGUGGACGUGGACGUGGACAUGGACGUGGACGUGGACGUGGACGUGGACGUGGACGUGGACGUGGACGUGGACGUGGACGUGGACGUGACGUGGACGUGGACGUGGACGUGGACGUGGACGUGGACGUGGACGUGGACGUGGACGUGGACGUGGACGUGGACGUGGACGUGGACGUGGACGUGGACGUGGACGUGGACGUGGACGUGGACGUGGACAUGGACGUGGACGUGGGCGUGGACGUGGACGUGGACGUGGACGUGGACAUGGACGUGGACGUGGACGUGGACGUGGACGUGGACGUGGACAUGGACGUGGACGUGGACGUGGACAUGGACGUGGACGUGGACGUGGACGUGGACAUGGACGUGGACAUGGACGUGGACGUGGACGUGGACGUGGACAUGGACGUGGACAUGGACGUGGACAUGGACGUGGACGUGGACGUGGACGUGGACAUGGACGUGGACGUGGACGUGGACGUGGACGUGGACGUGGACGGGACGUGGACGUGGACGUGGACUGGACUGGACGUGGACGUGGACGUGGACGUGGACGUGGACAUGGACGUGGACAUGGACGUGGACGUGGACGUGGACGUGGACAUGGACGUGGACGUGGACGUGGACAUGGACGUGGACGUGGACGUGGACGUGGACGUGGACGUGGUGGACGUGGACGUGGACGUGGACAUGGACGUGGACGUGGACGUGGACGUGGACGUGGACGUGGACAUGGACGUGGACGUGGACGUGGACAUGGACGUGGACGUGGACGUGGACGUGGACGUGGACGUGUGA